AUGACAUCUGUCGCAGGUCGCAAAAAGUCAAUCAUCUCCUCUCACAUCGACAUCCCCGUCGCAAACAACACCCUCCUCAACAAGGCCGCCUCCCAGUCCACCUCUCUCUAUCAGCAAUGCUCCUCCCUCAGAGCUCGCCUCCUCCGCAUAAACGGCUUCUCUCUCUUCUUCGCGCUGUCUGCCCCCCCAGACUCCUCGCGACAGUCCACAGACCCCGUCACCCAGCUCUGGGACUGUUUCGCCCUUGGAAUCCCGCUGUGCUACCUCUUCAACCUCCUCCCUCCCCCCGUCACCCCAAUCGCGAUUGAGACCGACCCCAGCUCCGUCGAUGUCACAAACGACCGCAACAAGAAGCGCGCCAUCGCCCUCUUCGCCAUGCAGGUCAAACAGCUCGCGCACUCCGAGCCCUUCACCGUCACAGACCUCUCCCAGCGCCAUUCCACCGACGGCUUCGUCAAGGUCAUCAACACCGUCACCCAUCUGGUCGAUCGACUCCCAGAAGAUGUAUUCGAAGAGGCACCGCCUCUGUCCCCUCCUUCCACCGCCCCAUCCCACGAUUCUUCCGAUUCCUUAGCACCAGACACUCCAAUCGUACCCGUACCCGCGAACGCCCAGGAGGCUGCCCGCAAUAAUAUUGUCAGGGAGUUGGUCGAGACAGAACGCAAGUAUGUACAGGACCUCGAGGUCAUGCAGAAAUACUCCAACGCUCUGUCCCAGAGCAGCACCAUCGAUCAGGAUACGAUCCACCUUCUGUUCCCGAACCUCAAUCAGCUUCUUAAUUUCCAGCGCAGGUUCCUCAUCCGGCUAGAGGGCACUGCAGAGCUGGCCUGGAGAGACCAGCGCUGGGGCCUGCUCUUCACAGACAACGAAGAAGAGUUCGCUGUCUACGAGCCGUACUGCGCUAACUAUACCAAUGCGGCCGAACUGAUGAUCAUAGAGGAGCAGAAUCUCCAGAAAUACAACCAAAUGAUCAACACAAAGUCGGAAUUGCCUGCUUUCCUAAUCAAGCCGGUGCAGCGAAUCUGCAAAUACCCUCUGCUAUUGGACUCGCUCCUCAAGGCAUCAUCCCCUGCCGAGUACCCCUACUUCGAUGAAUUGAAGGCAGGCUCGGCCGCUGCUAAACGUAUUACCGACAAGAUCAACGAGGCCCAGCGGCGGGCCGAGAACCAACAGACGGUGCAGAACUUGGCGACGCGCGUCGAUGAUUGGAAAGGACAUCAUGUGUCUCAGUUCGGCGAGCUCCUGCUCGAUCAGAUAUUCAUGGUCACCAAGUCCGAGGUGGACCGCGAGUAUCACGUCUUCCUCUUUGAGCGCAUAAUUUUGUGUUGCAAGGAGGAUCUUCAUCAGGGUAUCAACGGCAAGAAGAUGGGGAAGAGUAACUCCAUUCUGAAGAAGCCCCAGACGCCCACAGUGCCGGCAACCCCGCCCCCACCCGGACCUGCCAAGAAGACGACGCCCUUGCUGCUCAAGGGUCGCAUUUACUUGAACAAUGUGACGGAGGCGAAAGCACACAUCAGCUCUGGAACGUACUCGCUGAGCGUCUACUGGAAAGGGGAUGAUGACCUCGAGUACUUCACGUUGCGGUGUCGCAACGAAGAGCAAGUCCGCCAGUGGGAAACCGCCGUGAAACGCCUCAUCCAGCAGGUCGCCGCACGCCGAGCCUCAGAUCGCAGCGCGUCAAGGCUGGCGUAUCAGCAGAACAGCACGAACCCGGCACUUGCGCGCAUGCCACUCUCUGCCUACAAUCAUGAGAAGAGCCAUGCAUCGAUGCCGGCGUCAGGAGCAGUGCCCGGCCUCCCAUCACAUCCGUAUGGCAACGGGAGUCGCUCAUAUCGACAGUCCAGCCCGUACACGAGCGAGGAGCAGGCACUGAUGAGCGGGCCGAGCGCCAGCUACAGCAGCGGGCCCCAAGGAUACCCCCCACACGACGGCUUUGAGAUGGACGAGGACUUUGACGAAUAUUCGGUCAACCUCGUCUCUGGCCGUGCGACACCGCUAGAUAACCGACGCGGGAAUAUGACGCCGGGCCUCGACCGCGACUCGAUGUACGACCGGCCGCGCGCAUUCACGGAGGAUGCAAACGGCGCGGUCAUGUCGCAGUGGAGGAACAAUCCACCGAUGAUGCCACCCCCACCACCCAUCAACGGUCUCCCAUCUGGACCCAGCCCUCGGCCGCCAGCAGCGCGGCUGAACUCGAAUCUGAGCUCGGGCAGCUAUGCGCCCUCCGAGGCGAGUUUUGGACCUGGCCCAGCGGCGCGCCAGUCGGCAGGCCGGCCGCAGCUGCGCAGCCAGUUCAGCUCGACGCGGCUCCGGUCGACGUACGAGAACGGGGAAUCGCGCAGCGGCGCGGCGUCGCCUCAGCUCCUGUCCAACGGGCCGCCGCUGCGCUCGCGUAGCGCGAGCCAGCCGACCGCGUACGUGCCCAAGGCGGUGCCGCCGCCGCUGCCAAGCCAUCCAUGGGACAGGACGAAGACGUCGACGGAGACUAAGCGGUCGAGCGGGUCGAGCCACUCGACGAACGAGAACUCGGAGUACUCGCCGAACACUUCGUCGCCGAUCACGCCGUUCGCGUCGAGCGACUCGUCGCUCGCGAUCUCGGGGCGCGCCGCGGGGUAUGAGAACGGGAGCGGACGUGCGGCGGUGAAGGUGAAGGUGCACUUUGGAACGGACAUUUUUGUGAUACAGGUCGCGCGGGCGACGCAGUUCCACGAGCUGGUCGAGAAGAUCGGGAAGAAGAUACGUCUGUGUGGGCCGAGGCGGGAGGACGGGCCGCUCAGGGUGAAGUAUGAGGACGAGGAGGGCGACCACAUCUCGAUGCGCUCGACGGAGGAUGUCGAGAUGGCGUUCGCAGGCAAGUCGAUGGUGACGCUGCAUGUCGCGUACACGUGAUCCUCCGCCCCGCCCACAUCCGCUCGUCUUUCACGCUCGCUCUCCGCCCGUCGAUCCGACUUUUACACACCGCAUUCAUCCUUCGCAUUGCACGCAUCUCACAUCCUUUUUGGCUUCACAAUCUCAUCUUAUUCACCAAAAGGCAUCCUUCCCUCCACUUGGCAUAUAGCAUCCAUCGUCCGUCCGCGUUGACUGUUCUGGGAACUUUUUCUUUCUUUUUCUCAUCCGACAGGGCACCACUCCUUCCCGAGCCUCCCUUCCUCUUCUUCUUGCCUCUCUGUAUUACCGACUACCCCCACACAAACAAUCGCUAUUGCUCCUAGCCCACCGCGUCAAGAUUGCGAGUAUUUCUGACUUUCUCUGGCCGCCAGCAUCAGACUGGCGAGGUCCAGUCCCUGUUCCUUCUACCUUACCCUCACGCUCAUUACGUAUCUAUCUCGUCCAUCUAAGUAUCUUGGUCUCAGCCCGUCGCUAUUGUUUCUUCUCCCUUUCCUCCCUCCUCUCCUCUCCCUUCCUGUCUGUCUGCCCCUUUCUUUUUUCUUUUCUUUCUUUUUCUUUUAUCUUAUUCGUGUUUGCCCGGAUUUCUAUUUCUUCUUGCCUGACGGCGUGUCGGUAUGUGAAAUUAGGAGGGGCGGCCAGCAGCUAUGUACAGUAUCGUUUCUACUAGAGUUUUCCACCUCCCCCGUUCCCCCCCUCCCACAAAGUCGUGGAGUGCUGGUAGGUAGCAUAUGCAAUAGGCUUUCGAAUUUCAUUAUGUGCUAACUCGUGCCGAA